UAGCUGCGAAGGCCCCAUUUCCAGUUCAGCAACUCGAAUCGUCGGCGAUGGGCACUGGCUCGUGUCAUACCGUACAGUUUUGUGCUCUAGCAAAUACCUAAAACAUUAAGCUGGCACAGCCUUGCCACAAAUAGCAUUUAGUAUGUUGUGUGAAUUUGUUAUUGUGAUCCAAAGACGUCUUCCGUCUUUCCUGCUCAGUGCAUUUUGAUAAAAUGAGACUUAUUUGUGUACUGUGCUGCUUAAUGGCACGUCAAAAAUAGAGAGACAAUCUGAAACGGUACGAGCUGUGUGCAAAGCUGCUCGAGGAUCUGCCGAGCCCUCAUUAUCUGUGAUAUACAGCUCAGCCUCUCGUCCGUCCUAUAAGGGCUGGGCCACUCGGGGCUAGGAGGCGAGUCCGCAGCAGCUUCCAGCGGUGAUCUCACCCGCCCUCUGCCACAGAGGCACUAAACACUGCUACCUGCUUUAUUGACUGCAUCACUACGAACCAUUGUUACUUAGUCUAUAAUUGAAACAAUAUGCAAUCUGUGAAAAUAAGUAUAAUGCUAGGUGGAUAUUGUAGAAAAUUAUUCUAUUUAUAAAUAAUUGUCUGAUGUCUAAUGUUUCUGUAAUAUUAUGUGUUCCACAUCUAAUUAAGGAUAAUUGUUACUCCAAUAUUGAUACUGUUACCGAACCAAUGCAAUGUAAUUACUCCACCUCCAUGUCGGUGGUGAACACAAAUAAAUUUGGUGCUUUUAAGCGAGUCGAAGAGAAGAAUGAAAGUCAGCGAGUUAGUGUAAAAAUAGUAGAUAAUAUUUAUGAUGUAGAGUUUGUUGAUAGUAUCCAACAAAACCAAAUGAUUGGCGAUACGCCUAACUACUGCAUUCCUUUAUCGAUUAACGCCAUAACAGUCCAGGGUAUCUCAUACAGUGACCCAUAUUUCAGUAGCUUUAACUUAAACUAUAAGAUGGCGUUUGGAGCGCCAGAGUAUAUGAACAAGUCUGAUUACGCUUUUAAAUCCUCAGUUUGUAUUAUACGAGAUGAGCCUUACAUGGAUAAGACGCAACUACUAAACAAAAAGUCUGCUCAUGUUAUGAUAUGCAAAAUGAAAACUCGAAUGAUUAAAGACGAGAAGUCGAUAAGAACACACCAUGACAAUAAUGUAUCAGACGUAACCGAAGCAUCGACGCCAAAGACGGCACUGAGAACGUUCGCGAACGGUGAUCUCACGUUUGACGCGAUGCUAGAACUGAUCAGGAACGAAGAACGAAUGAUGAAGACUUUGCCGAAAAGCGAAGAAAUCGACAGCUGGGGCGUCCCGCGGCGCCUGCGCCUGUGCGGCGGCGGCGAGAGCUCGCUCAACGCCGCCACUGGCUGGGGCAGCCCUCCUGCCUCCAACAACGCCGGGAAUUGGGGCGGCAACUCAAGCGGCCAGGCUAAUAAUGGCUCUAACAAUACUCAACAACAAUGGAAUAACACGGCCCAGCGGCCGCCCACUUCUCAAGCGGACAUGAAUAGUAACAAGGGGAACGGGAAUCAAAUGCCGCCGACCAGCGCUGCGUCUCAGAGUUGGCAGAGCUCUCCGCCAAACAUGCCAAACUCGCAGCCCAACAACAACGGUGCGCCUGCAAACAACGGCACAAACAAUACUGGAAAUGGAAACAAUGGAGGCGCUAAUCCUCCCAACUCUGCUGCGAACACGAAUGGGCCAUCCCCCGGUAACGGCAAUAAUGGCAACAACGCCAACACGACCUCCUCCGCCAAGAUCGAACAACUCAACUCCAUGCGGGAGGCCCUCUUCAGCCAGGAUGGAUGGGGAGGACAACAUGUCAAUCAAGACACCAACUGGGAUGUUCCCGGAUCACCUGAACCGGGAUCUAAAGUGGAGCCGACAGCCGGCGGCGGCCCGCCCGCUUGGAAGCCCAAUGUGAACAACGGCGCAUUCCUCGGAACUGAUCUCUGGGAAGCGAACCUGAGGAACGGCGGGCAGCCGCCGCCGCAGCCGCAGGCGAAGACCCCGUGGGGUCACACGCCGACGACGAAUAUCGGCGGCACUUGGGGCGAGGACGACGAUGCGGCCGACUCUGCCAACGUGUGGAACGGGCCGCCGCCACCGCAGCAGUGGCCAGCCGGGCCGCCGCAGCACGCGCAGCAGUGGGGCGUGCCCAAGAAAGACGACUGGAACACAUGGGGCGAGCCGCACCGCGGCGCCGACCCGCGCCUCGAGCAGCACCGCGCCCCCGACCCGCGCUCGCAGCCUUCCGACCCGCGCCACGACCUGCGCGGCGGAAUCUCUGGCCGCCUCAAUGGCGACAUGUGGAGCCAGCAUCAGCACCACGCUGCCCCGCCCAACAAGAUGAUGCCUACCGGCGCCGUCAACCAGUGGGGAGCGCAGGGCCCGAAGGAUUCGAUAAAGGGGUCCGGCUGGGAGGAGCCGUCGCCGCCGGCAGCGCGGCGCGCGGCGGGCGGGUUCGACGACGGCACGUCGCUGUGGGCGGCGCGCGGCAUGGCCGGCAUGGCCCGAGCGCCGCCGCCCGGCCCGCCGCAGCCGCAGCGCCUGCCACCCACGCCCAGCAAGCCCGACGCCGUGUGGGGCGCUCACGCGCAGCGCAACGGCUCGUGGGAGGAGCCGCACACGCCCGGCUGGCCCGACCGCGACGUGCCCGGCUGGCCCGACGCCUCCGCGCCCGGCCUCUGGCCCGUGCCCAAGCCCAAGCCGGCCGGCCCGGGCGGAGGCUGGCCCGACGACAUCGGCGAGUGGGGCGGCCCCAAGCCGCCGCAGAGCGCGCCGCUCGGCAAGCAGCUACCCAAGGAGAUGGUCUGGAACAGCAAGCAGUUCAGAUACCUCGUCGAGAUGGGUUUUAAGAAGGAAGAAGCGGAGGCAGCAUUGCGCAGCCGUGACAUGAACGCUGAAGAAGCACUAGAGAUGCUGGCGGCGGCGCGCGGCGAGGGCUGGCGCCGUGACGAGCACUUCCACCACGGGCCCUUCCAGCCGCCGCCCGCCGUGCCCGCCGUCUCGCCCGCCGUCGUGCAGAAGUUGCUCAACCAACCGCCUCCACAGCCCGUGCAGCCACACCCUUACAAUUCCAACAGUGGAACGGGCGGCAGUGGACAGCCGAGCACAGCCCAGCUGCGCAUGUUGGUGCAACAGAUCCAAAUGGCGGUGUCUGCGGGUUACCUCAACCACCAGAUCCUCAACCAGCCGCUCGCCCCGCAGACGCUCGUGCUGCUCAACCAACUCCUGCAACAGAUCAAAGUGCUUCAGCAAUUGGUACAACAGCACACACUUGCAAUUUCGAAGGCCAAUUCGUCUCUCGCGCUACAGUACUCCGUACAAAUCACAAAGGCUAAACAGCAGAUUACUGCUUUACAAAACCAGAUAGCGACGCAACAAGCGUUGUACAUGAAGCAGCAGGCGGGCGGCGCGGACUUGUUCAAGCAGAGCCACGACCCGCUCGCGCAGCUGCAGAACAACUUCUCCGACAUGACGAUCGCUAAGGACUCGCAAGCCCACAUUAUGCAACAGGCAUACGGCGCGAGCGGCAACCAGCAGUCCCGACUGAACCAGUGGAAGCUGCCCUCUCUCGACAAGGACGGCGAGGGCUCCGAGUUCAGCCGCGCGCCCGGCACCGCCAAGUCCACCACCAGCCCGCAGCUCAACCAGCUAGGCCUCCAACCUGACUCGACUUGGGGCGUAGGCCGUGGCGGUGAAGGCUGGGGCGAGUCCGGCGCGGACGUGGCGGACGGCAAGGACUGGCCCGCGCACCCCUCGCACCAGCCCGUGUACGACCUCGUGCCGGAGUUCGAACCUGGCAAACCCUGGAAGGGCAACCAAAUGAAGAACGUGGAAGACGACCCGAACAUGACUCCGGGGUCCGUGGUCCGCUCGCCGCUAUCGCUGGCCGCCAUCAAGGACACGGACAUGCUGGGCGGCAAGACGUCCCCCCCGGGCGAGGGCCGUUCGCUGUCCUCCUCCACAUGGAGCUACGCGCCGCCCGCCAGCAGCGCCGGCGUGCUCAAGCCGCCCGCGGAUGCUUGGGGCUCCAAGGUGCGGCCUGCGCCGCCCGGCCUCAACAACAAGGCGUGGCCGCAGCACCACGGUGGCGGCAACUCGCAGAACCGCUCCGUGCCCUCCUGGCAGGCCUCCACUUGGCUGCUGCUCAAGAAUCUUACAGCUCAGAUCGACGGGUCGACCCUGAAGACUCUGUGCGUGCAGCACGGACCGCUGCAGAACUUCCACUUGUACUUGAACCAGGGCCUCGCCCUCGCGCGCUACUCUACUCGCGAGGAAGCGGCUAAGGCCCAAAUGGCUCUGAACAACUGCGUGUUGAGCAACACGACGAUCUUCGCGGAGUCUCCGGCGGAGUCGGAGGUGCAGAUGAUCCUGCAGCACCUGGGCUCGGGCGGCGGCGGCGCGUGGCGCGGCGGCGGCGGCAAGGAGUGGCCCGGCGCCUUCCCCGGCCUGUGGCCCGACCAGCACGAGCAGCGGGCCACGCCCUCCAGCCUCAACUCCUUCCUGCCGCCUGACCUGCUCGGCGGCGAGUCCAUCUAAGCGGCGCGUACCUGUACGUCCUCCGCACUCGUAGGUGUCUAGUUGUAAUUACGCUUCGCCGCCCCCCGUACGGGGACGGACUACUUUUAUUCGCCUAGUCAGAUCGUAUCGGACGCGUCGCGCCGCGUCCUCACACGCGCCGCGACGCGCCCGCGGUAGCCAACUGUCCACAUACUAUUAUCUACUGUGUUGUAAGUGUUCAUGUAGAUUAGUGUACAUAAAAUUAUACAUAUACAACGGCAGACAUAUAAUGUAGGAGUUACAUGAAGUGCGGGGCGCGGGCCGGCGCGGGUGAGACGCGCGCCGGCCCCGCGGCCCGGCCCGCCCUGUAAAGCUACCAAAUAACGUAGGUAUCGCAUGUAGAGUAGUUGCGUCGCGGGCUACCUCAGUCACUCGUCCCGUGGCCUUAUGUUAGUGUGUAUUUAUUUUGUUGCGCUCGAGGGCUGUUGCUGUUUCGCCGUCGAGCUGUUGCGUUCCGAGUUUCUUUCGUGUUCGUUUUUAUUUCUCGUUUUAUUCAUACUGAUCGUAUUUUAAUUAUUUAUUCUGUUUUUGAAUUCUCACGAUGAGCCUUCGUUUUCCAGUAGUGAUAUUUUUAUUCAGCAAUAAAUGUAUAAGUGCAUUUCGCAGACUAACAAAAGUUUUAUAUUAGUUUGUAAUUUUUAUAACGAUAACAAAAUUUGAAAAUUAUGAGAUUCGAAGUGCAUUCUUGUAGUGGUUAAUUCCUUUUAAGCCGUAUAGUCUGAUAUGGAAAUGAGUAUAUAGAAAUAUACGUGAGAGCGAGCGGAGACGUGGGACGCCCGUCCCCGCCGCACGCAAGUACAAGUCGGGGCGCGCUCCCUUGCAAUCCAGUAAUCCUGUGAUGUAAAGUAUCUUGCCUAAUGUAAGGAUAAUCUAUUUUGUUGGAGAGUAUCAUAGUAGAGCGUCGCCGGCGGACUCCGCCGAUGCUAAUGUUUCCCCAAAUUUUUUCCAGUAUUUGUGAUUCAAGUGCCACUUUAUGUUUAAUAUAUGAAACGAUUAUCUAGAUUAUACGAUUAAUGUAAGGGUAACCUAAUAUAUUAAAUUGAAAAUUGUUUUAUCAUUUUAUAUUACAUACAUUUGUGAGAAGUGUUAUAAAGUACUAUAAUUGACAGUAAUUUAAAAUAUUACACUUUUGUGUAUAGGUAAGAAUAAAGUUCUAACUUAAAUUUAGCCAUAUCAAUAUCUAUUUAAUAAAAGAUUUGUGGUAUUUUCUAUAGGCUCAAUUUGAACGUUAUUCAAAGUGACAUAUGCUUUAGAUAUUCUGUUAAUAAUAUACUUGUAGUCGUAGGUCUCUCGGUAUUACAUCAUUGUAGAUAUAAGGUUAUAAUUAAGUCCUAUCGUAGGUUUCGAUAAGCAUACUAUUGAUAUUUUACGGCAACGAUCGCACGUGUAAAUGUUCGUUAUGAUAAAGUUUAUUUACAUUUUUAUUUACUUCUUAAUUUAUUGAUGGUGUGCCACAGAGAUACUCUGCCAAAAUAUAUCAUUACCAUAUUUACGGGAUUAGCCGGUGGAGGCGUGCGCCGGCGCCGUGAGCCGCGCGGCCUCGCCGGCGACACUCGGGCUCGCCCCGUCGACGACGGACCCACCACGCUUUACGAUCACAACGAUCGAUCACAAAAAGCGAAUGACUAUAAUAAUGUACAUUAUAUCUAUUGUAUUUCGAGCAUCUUCCAGUGAUCUUACGAUUAAACAUAACGACGUAGUGCUAAGUUAGCUGUUUAAGUAAUCGCUGUACCUUGUCGGGCGUCACGCUCGGUCUCUUCACAAAUUAAUGAAUUAAGUUAGUUGAACGCUGUGUUGAAAGUAUUCGUGCGUUAUGAACUUUACGAUCGCUUCGGACCUGUAGUAGUACUAGUGUUAAAUGUUUCGGUGUAUGAUGUGUUCAUUUAGAAACAAAGUAGCAUUUCUCAUUACUACCUUACAUUAUUACUAUAGGGACCGAUGAAACGGUGAUGAAUGUCUCUUUGUGCAUUGCAUAUCCUUUGUUGCCCUUUGUUGCGGACGACAGACGUAGGUAGAGCGGAGCUGUAUGUGUCGCUGCAGCACAGCACCGUGCAGGACAAAGGCACGGUAUAUGCAAGCGGGCCACACGAUAUCAAUCGCCUAUACGGGGGCCAUAAUUGACAUUGUCAUGACGUUCAAUGUUAGGUGCCAAAGAGUGAGUAUCAAAGAUAUGAUAAAGGUGUCUGGAACGAUUGAUUGCAUCUCUCGCUUAGUAACAUUCUUCCAAAUUACCUAAUUUGAAAUUACUUUUGCGGUACGGGUUAUUGAUCUGAUGUUCCUAUCGUUCGUGUUAUCUGUGCAACAAUAGGCACUAAACAACGGGCCAAUGUCAUUCUAUUGUUGUAAAGCUCAAUUUACGUGAGGGUUUCUUUUAUCAAUUAUAAAAUAAAAGUAAAAAAAUAUAUUUAUAUUUAAUUUUAUCUGAUAUUGUUUUGUCCACUUUUACACCAAUAAUUAAAUGCCUCAGUGCAGUGGUAUACUGGUGCAAACGUGAAUUUAAUACAGCAAUAAAUAAAUGGUCAUAAUUACAUUAAUUUUUAUAGAUAUUUCCAUUUUAAAGUUAGGCAUUCUGAGUAACAGAAAAUAUAUGAUCCAGUGCCCUGUAGAUACGUUGUCCAUAGAUUAAAGACGAAAGAAGUCAUGCCUUGAAUUUUUAGUCAGUUUAAAGUUAACAGUACUUAAUAAUGGGUAUAUUAUUAUUAUUAUAAAAGAGACAUAAUGUAUUGUGUAGGCAUUGUGGUAUAGUGGUGUUAGAUGUCGGUAGGAGGGUAGGAGUGGCGCCGCGUGCCCGCGGCAAGGUUGUGAGAAGUGGCGCUCGCGCCGCACUAACUGAAUCUCCUCUCGGUUCAAUGACUGUAUCAUUAUUUCCUGCACACAAUUGCGCCACGUGCAAUUUAGUCUGUGUUAUUAUUAUGUUGUUGUAUAUUUAUAUCUUACAUCUACACUCUAAUAUGUAUAUAUUGUGAAAUUAUAUUCUUAAAAGAUUUAAUACGCUUCACGCUUUCACUUUUAACAUUUUUCGUGACUUGUUUCUGUUAUUUAGAAUAAAUUUACGUACCUAAAAGUAAUUAUAAUAACUAUCAUAGGUAUUAGUGUAAGGAAAAAAAGAAAAAAUAAAAAAAAUGAAAAAAAUAAAGAAAGCAAUUAAAAGAAACCAAUGAUUGUGCCUCAAUGAACUGUGGUACGUUACCGUAACCGACGGCAGGUGUAUCGUUUCCUCGAGUAUAUGUGCGCUAGGCCGCGGUCGCGGGCUGCACGACAAUAUAAGGCUGCAAGCUGCGGGCCUGCGCCCACGCCUUGUCUAAUCAUUAAUGAGCUUAGCUAUGUUUUACUUUAUUGUAAGUGUUACGUCAUCAAUCAACAUUUUAUAUAUAUACUUACUUAUGUGUACAUAUUUUAUCUAUUUACUUUGUUUUUCAUGAAGUUUACCCGAAUUAAUAUGUAUCAUAAAUUAGUUGCUUUUUUCGAGUCCAUUUAAUUUUAAUGAGGCAUUUUUCCUGUAAACGAACUGAUAUAAUCCAAAUUAUUGCAUGUAUUCCAUAACACUUGAAUGCCAAAGUCGAUAUCUGUAUGCCAUUUAACGACCACUAAUAUUUUUAGAUAAUCUGUGUGGAUCUCUUACAUCACAACAAACUAUUGAUCGUACAAAUGGGAGCCAUUUAUUUAUAUAGCGGUGUGUCGCCGCCUCCAAGCUGCUCCGGUGUAACUUAGCUCAAGUAUUCGGAUAGUUUGCUCAUAAUAAUUGUUGUUAAUUUUAAUUUUAAUUAACGCUUUCCCUUAGUGAGGAGUAAAAUUCUAAAUUAAUUUGUAAUGUUCAACGUUUAGCUUUUAAUGUUUUCCUAAUAGUCGGACCAUUACCGCGAGUAUCGCAUCGUGUUUGGCGAUCCUACCUCUCGAGUAUAAUGUAUGCAAUUUGUUAACUAUAGUUCGUACUGACUGCAAUUUAAACUUGUUCCUUUCGCUAGUGUAGUGAUGGCCUCACGGACACUACCGGUGUCCUACCUGAUAUUAUUUCCGUACAACUCGUGUAUUAGGGACCAAAUAUUUUCAGUAUAAACUCGAAACCUCCCCGUGAAUCUGGUCGACUCGAUGCAUACUAAAAGACAUUCUCAUUUUCCAUUUACCUAAUAAUAUUACGUUUGCCGUCGCAUAAAUCUUACGAAGUUAACUGUAGCGUGUACAAUGUUCUGAAUGGCCUUUUAAUUUGAUAAGGUUAAAGUUUGCUUGUUGUCUUUAUUUAUAUAUAUUUUUGUACUGGUACGUUACGACGUAUACAAUAGAGCACAUUAGGUGAUAUCUACAAAGAAACUAGUCUUCCUUAUUUAUGAGGUAUCGGCGGAGAUGCGGCGACGUCACGACGUGUCGACGCGGACGUCGCGGCGCCGCGGGCGGCACAAGAGGCAAUCAUUCCUCUAGUCUUGUAUGUGGUGCGUUACAAUACCAAAUAUAUAAUAACGAAGGCUUUGACCUAGCGUGUAGCGGUAAUUAUAUCGGCCUGAGCAGCUUGGACCCUGUCUAUGUUACAAGGGAAUGGUUGGGUAGUAUUAUUAUAAUGCAUUUAUUUCUCUUUCGUCAUAGUCACUCAAGCAUAUAUUUAAUUAAUUGAGCUAAUGCCUAAAAUUGGAAUAUCAGAGUUUAUUUAGGAUGUUUCAUAUUUUACAUUUUAGUGUUUAAAUAUCUAAAAUUUACCUUAAUUAUAGUAAUGAAUUUUUGUAUUAUCGGUAUAUAGCUGUAAGACAAAGGGUGUUCUUGAUAAACACAAACAACUGAUUUAAUACAAAAUAUAAAAAAAAUGUACUGAGUGACUUUACGUGUAAACAGAGGGCCAUUGAUAAAAAAAAUGUUGAACUAAGCUAAAUUCUCUAUGUGGUAAUUUAACUAAAUGUGAUUGGUGAGAAUAUUUUUAACUGCUAUAUGUAUAGUUAUGAUAGGUGAAUAAGUGUGCAUUACGGGCGUGCACGUAGCGGCGCGGGCGCGGGCGCGGGCGCGCGCCUCCCCGCGCCUCCACAAUCAACCUUCUGAACAAGUAAAUUGAUUUCACUGAGUUUGCAUUUGAUUCUACGAGUAUGUAGCGCUAUGUAUGUUAUAUAUGUAUGUGUAUCAAGGCCAACCCCCCACCAACGGUUAAUUGGUGCAGUAGACUCCAGUUGCUGCUCGCUAACUCCACAAGACACUGCUUCUCUAGUCUCUCUCGCAUUCAAACAACGCUUUAAUGAGCUUUUGUUAUCGAGCAUAAUGAAAACCAUAUCCUAUAUGAAACUAGUUUAUAUUCGUAUUAUUCUUUCAUUAGAUCUCUGUUGUACCUGUGUGAAAUUGUUUAUAUUCAAUGUUCAAUUGUACUGUAAGAACCGGUCUCGAGGUCACCGUUGAUAUACGUAAUAUCGUAGUUUGAACGACCAAAUUCGUCAAUGUUCCACUUAAGCACAACCUCUCAAUAGUCGAUAUUUGUAUUGGCGUCAGAAACAAUACUCUGCGGUCUUAAAUUAGUCACUAUUGUACCUCGAACGUACUUGUAUAACCUAUGUAAGUGAGGAACGGCUAAUCCAAUUCUGAAAUAUACUUAAUUUAAAUUUUGACAGACUGAUAGCUGUGAUUAAGAAAAUAUUUUUAAUAUUAUCCAGUGAGUCGGAUGAAAAUAUUUAUUUUGUUAGUGGUUUCCUACUGCCAGCGACACAUCGUAUGUGACCAGACGAACUGCUUGGUAUAUUUUUUUACCUUAGUGAUGUGUCGAGUUGUUAAAGAGCAUAUAACGAGCGGACGACUACCGCAUUGUUUGAUUUGUACAAAACGGACAAGUUUGUUUAUAAUCCCGACCCCACCAUGUGCAACCCCAAUGAAUGAUUACAUGACAUCACGAUGAUCGCAGCGGAGACUGAUAGUCGCUAGUAGCAAUACCACCGAUGUCAUCUCAAAUUAGUUCCCUCUUAAUAUUUGAUCUUGAACUUUGCAUAUCGACUACAUUUCUAAUUCGAAUUAUUUUGUUGUAUUCAUAUCCGUAAUUCCCAUAAUACGCGUUAAGUUUGAUAUUUGUAAAGGAAAUCCUAAGUUAUCAUAAUAAUGGAACUAAAUUGAUUGCCUAUAGUAUUGUAGUGAGGGACAUCUCAAUAAACGAUUGGCGCUGUUUUUUAUAAGAAAAAAUAUUAUAUUUUUUGGUACCACCUUUGAGUUAAAGUACAAUGUAGUUAUAUAAACGUGUUUCAAUGACGUAUUUUUCAUUAUAACAAUAUCAGGAUAAAGUAAUCGAUAAGUUAAGAUAGACUUAAGCUGUCUCGUCUCACAUUACACCAAGUAAUUAUUAAUUCUCCUCGAUAUUCGCGUUGGAACACUUAUGUAAUAGGCAGAUACUAAAUUGUAAUCAUAAUUAUAUCAAUAGGCUAACUGUAAAACUUUUCUGUGCAAAUCUCUGUGAUGGGAAAAUGUAAUUCUAAAGAUCUAGUAUUAACAAGAAGCGAAACGGGAGCCGUGGGGUGUUGUGUGCGCGUUGCUUGGAACGGUUGACUGGUUCGCAAUACUCUGUGGAGGUGUGGCAAGCACGGCACCUCGACGCUCCGGUUUCGUUGCGACUUUAAAAGUUGAACUUUCAGUGUUUUCGCGCAAAGGGUUGUGUAUUAUUUUUAUGUAGUACAAAAUGUGUUCGCAAUUUGAUUGCUGCUUUAGUGUUCCUUAUUUCAAAUUAACUUUGUUGGGUAUUUAUUUGAAAUUUUGUAUUUUCGAUAUCUAAAAUUGAUGUAAUGUAAUUAGUAUGUCGUAUAGAGGCAUGCGUAAGUAAUUUCAAAUAGUAAACUGUAUGAAUGCCUUAAUAGUAAUACUGUAUCUGUAAACCAUCCAUUGUAAAUGUUCCGUGGAGGACGGGAGUUCGUCCGUGUAGCCUCUCGUACCAAAUAAUAGCGUGGAGAGGGCGCGGGCGGGUCGUUGCGGCGUCGCGUCGCGUCGCGGCCGCUAUUACCUCAUAAUAAUGUGUAACCUCAGUAGUGGCCUCUUGUGCGAAUAUAUGUCCGAUUGUUAUCCUCCUUGUACUUAUCGCCGCACUGCACUGUUAUUUGGUACAUAAACGUACACUAUUACGUUAUCUCAGCUGUUUAUCAUGAAUUUUAUCAACGUACUAUCAAAGAUGACAUAUUUUAUUGUUAUUUUUCUGAGACUACCUAAAAGCAAUGUAUUUUACAAACAAAGCAGGAGAACAAUAAUUAUUAUGUAAGUGUAACAGUUAGUGAAUUUAAGUGCUAUUUUCCAUUCCAACUCAACGAUAUCAAUGUUCUUGUAAUACUUAUGUUCGGGUUUUAAAAAGAUGUUAUUAUUGUAUAAUUAAACUAAACCUUAUGUGAUUGAAAUGCAAUGUUUAGAAGUAUUUUAUUCUUUAUUUUUUACCAUUAAUAUAAUAGUUAGUAGAGAUCUAUUUGAGAGUCUAAUGUAUCAAUUAUUUGUAAAGUUGGCUGUAACUAAUUAGAGGUUACAAUAAGUAGACAUAUUUUAAUAUAACAUUUGGAGCAAAUUUUAUGUAGAUGACAAAUAGUUGUUUUGAUCAUUAUGUGAAGUGUUGUAUUGUAUCGUAUGGUAUCGUUAGCGCAAUGUGUACGCACAACGGUGAAGGAGGUCGGGCGGGGCGGCGCGGCCGCGGGCGCGGCGACGCUCGGGCGUGCCGCCGCCGCGCCGACGACCUCCACUCACUGCACAGCACUGCUAGAGUAAUUCAGUUAUUGCGUAAGGAUAUUUUUCUUACAUUUCAUAAGAGUAACGUUAAUAGUAUAGGCAAUAAAUAAUGUUUAACAAAAGUCCCUAUGUAAUCGAACUGACGACAGAAACGCAUGUUAUAUUUGUGGCCUCUUUAUGAAUAAGAUCUAAGUUACAUGUUAAAGAAAAUUAAUUUUGCUAUGCACAGAAAUGAUACUCAAUUAAUUGCCAAAAAGUUAUAUGUAUAUUCAUAGUUCAACAAUAUUUCUUUUGGGCAUAUUUACUUUGAAUUUAUGCAAAACUUAGAUUAUGAUAAGUAGGUUGUAGAUUAUAUGUAGAGUGGAUGCAUAUUAUAUAAUAUAUCUAUAUUUAAAGUAAGGUGAAUUUGAGAUGUAUCAAUUUCUGUAUUGUUCAUAAGUUUAGAUAAUAAAUGGGUUUAGCCAUACUUCGGCUGGUUUGA